AUGGACAAAGAUUGCGACAUGUUAUAUAAGAACAUCUCUGACCUUUACAAAUCCGAAGAAUUUAAGACCUACGACAACUUUGUUUCAUUAGUUGCAAAAUGUGUAUGGGAAAUAAGAGAUAAAGAUAGUAGGGGUAAGGUAUGGAAUGAACAGAUAAGACCCGCUAUGUUUGAGAUGAAGAGAGCAAUUGACGCCUUGGUUGUUUUAGCAGGUAAGGUUUCAGAAUAUAACGCAAAAAUGAACCCGCAAUGUUCUAAAUGUAAAGCAGCAAUGAGGAAAUAUAACUACUCCGUCAAAGAGAUAGAACGUAUGCGAAACGACUAUGCAGACUUAAAGAAAGAAGCAGAAAAACCAGCAGAAAAUAAAAUGGAUAUGUUAGCAUUUCUGAACAAAAACUAUCCAACAGCAGAAGAUUUCCUUCUAUCUGACGUCAAGAAGAAGUAUAAAGAAACUUUCGGUAUCGUUAAAACAUUCGAUGUACUAAAAGAAGAAAUAGAAGCUACAAAACUGUUUAGGAUUUCAAAUAUACAUCGUACAAUUCAUGUAAAACGCUUAUAA